UCCAUAAUCCCAAACAUUCAUCUGACUCAGACAUGUCAUGCCAGAGAGAGUCCAGCCCUCUACCUUGGAGUCUGGCACACGGGCGUGUGGCUGUGUUGACUGAAACGUCUAAAUGAGGUUGAUAAAUGGUGUAAUUGCGUGUAUUAGAGGAGGCAGCUAGAGGGAUUGGGUGCAGCAAUUCUUGCCCAAAUGACGAGUGGACAGGGGCCAGAUGGAAGGGGAGGUCCCUUUACUGCUCUACUUUUCUGAGAUGAAUUCAGGGGGGUCCACAGAAGAAGGAGAGAAUUAAAAAAAGAGGAGAGAAAGGCAAGAUUUGGAAACCUGAUAGGUGGUCGAGUUUUGUUUGGCUGAUCUGACUUCUACGCAGACCACCAAUUCCUCCUCCUCUUAUAGGGUCAGUACAGAGAAUGAGAGAGAUGGCCACCGGCUGCAGGGCAUCCGUGAAGCAGCGCGACCAGUAACCGGGACUGUCACGGCCAGAGUUGCUGAGCUAUUUUCCUCCAGAUAAAGACCGUCCAUAGUUUGCAGGGACCUUGGCUGUUCGCACAACCCGUUCGCUUAAGGGAAGUUAUGCAGACAUCUGAGCCCUCGGAUUUCAGAAGCAGCUUCCUGAGCUGAUAGUGCCACUCAGCGUCUCGCAGCCUUGGACUUGAUCUCCAGGGGAUUUCAUGUCCUCCGGCGUCUGCCAGAGGUGGAUAGAACUGUGAAAAGAACGUCUCCUAGAGCUGAAUAGAACUUUUGCCAGAGGUCACCCAGUUUACUAGAAGUUCUGUUUUGGACAGUUUUGGAUCCAAACUACACAGUGUGUGUGUACAGUUAUCUGCCUGUGUGCAUGAUUGUGUGUGUGUGUGUGUGUGUGUGUGUGUGUAUGUGUGUGGGAAAGUGUGUGUGUGUGUGUGUGAAAGUGUUUACGUGCUCUGCUGAGUGAGUGUGUGGAGUGCUGGGCUUCCUGAUGACCACGGAGAAUCCCAGCCAGCAUUUAGAUCCUCCAGCUCCUCUCAGAACUAGCCCCACCACGGGGGCUCUGCAGUCUGCAUUGAUGAGCCAGCCACAGCCUUCAGCCAUGGAGACCUCCUCCUCUUCAUCUUCCUCGUCUUCCAAGAGCAAGAAGCCAAACUCAGGGCUCAGGCGACCAGAGAAGCCUCCUUACUCCUACAUCGCCCUCAUAGUCAUGGCCAUCCAAAGCUCCCCAACUAAAAGACUAACUCUCAGCGAGAUCUAUCAGUUCUUGCAAGCCAGGUUCCCCUUCUUCAGAGGAUCGUACCAGGGCUGGAAAAACUCUGUGAGACACAACCUCUCAUUGAACGAAUGUUUCAUUAAACUGCCCAAAGGGCUGGGGAGACCAGGAAAGGGCCACUACUGGACUAUUGACCCUGCCAGCGAGUUUAUGUUUGAGGAAGGGUCUUUCCGCCGCAGACCUAGAGGUUUCAGACGAAAAUGUCAAGCCCUGAAACCCAUGUACAGGAUGAUGAAUGGCAUAGGAUUUAGUACUUCCAUUCUGCCCCAAGGCUUUGAUUUUCAGGCCCCACCUGCUUCCCUUGCCUGCCACAGUAAUGGCUACAACUUAGAUAUGAUGACAAACUCUAUGGCUGGUGCCUACGAUGGCUUGGGUGGAGGUCACCAUGUCCCCCACAUGUCCCCUAACCCAGGAUCUACAUACAUGGCGAGCUGUCCUGUGUCGUCCAGUGGUGACUAUGGCCCUGACAGCAGCAGCAGUCCUGUGCCCUCCUCUCCUGCCAUGGCCAGUGCCAUGGAGUGCCAUUCUCCUUACACCAGCCCUACAGCCCACUGGGCAUCAUCAGGAGCCUCUUCUUACCUAAAGCAGCAAGCCAUGCCACCCAGUAACGCUGCCUCCGCAGGGAUCCACUCGGGCAUGUCUUCAUACUCUUUGGAACAAAGUUACCUCCAUCAAAAUAGUCGAGAUGACCUCUCAGGAUUACCCCGUUACCAACACCACUCCUCCCCAGUGUGCGAUCGAAAGGAUUUUGUGCUGAAUUUUAAUGGCAUAUCUUCAUUCCAUCCCUCUGCCAGUGGCUCAUAUUAUCACCAUCACCACCAUCAAAGCGUGUGCCAGGAUAUCAAGCCUUGUGUGAUGUGAGGGGAACUGUAUGAGUGAUCAUGCCUUGCUCAUCAUAACAUAAUGCAGCAGACAGUAACAGGACAAUGCCUAUUGAAAACCUUUAUACAACCCAAAAAUAUUCUGAGCAACAUUGUCCUUCCACACGGGGUAACUGGGCUAUGAGAUGUUUACAGAUUAAAGGACAUCUCCUCAGUGCUGGCAAAACAAAGUGAAUAACAAGUACUGAAACUCUUGGAUCAAAAAAGAUUUUUUUUUAAAGAUCAAUAGUAAUAAAAUAUGGCCUCUUUAAUUUUUACAGAGGGGUAAUUUAAAAUGAUCAGCAAAUAGAUUUCAGUACAUGUUUGAGAAAAUGAAAUCGGAUUUUUUUGGAAGGGGAAUAAUAUUUAUGGGGAAAGGAUAAAAAAUAAAUAAAAAAUCAUUCCUAUUAUUUUAUCAAGACAAAUAAAUUUGUUGGCCAAGAAUUGUAAUGCAACGUAAUGUAACGUAAUGUAACAAAGGCAUGAUUAAGAGCUGCAAAAGAUCGCAAGAACAGGUACACAAUGAACUAUAUUGAUAAACUUGCUUAUAACCCACUAACCGUCAUCAGAGUUUCCCAAGAGGAUGGGUGAAUUUUGAUUUAAACAUGUAUUUUCCAUACAUAUUGAGGAAACCGUCGCAGUUUUUUUUUCUAUUAUUAGAGAAGACCAUUUUUAAUUUGUAAAUAUUAGCUGCGAUAUUUUAAUUGGGUACAUGGGGGUAAAUCAUUACGAGCAAUUGUGGUGCAGGGUUCUAAAUAGGGAACUAUAAGCACGAACGUUCUAUUGGUUUCCAUGGCGACUACCCCAACAUUUAGAACUGUGCCCCAGAAUUGUUCCUUUUAAGUAACUCCCAAUACUCUCUACAAACCGUGCUGCAAAGUAAAUAUACAAUAAUUAUAUGUACUUCAGACCUUGUAGAGUUUUUUUUAAAGUAUACUGAAUGACAAGGGUAAGCAUCUAUUUCUCCUAAAAGAAAGCAUAUUUAAAAUCAUAAUAAUAAUAAUAAUAAUGUUCCCCUAUGCAUCUCCAGCUUGGGGCUAGCAUACAAAAUAAUUGCAGGGGUGGAAAGAGAAUUAAGAAAGGCUAUUUUCAAAAACCUGCAACUAUAAAUAUAUAUAUUUUCUUACAAAGAAAACCAGACCUAAAAUGAUAGAUUUUCAAACUUGUCUCAAUUUACAAUUGUGUUUUUCAGUAAAAUCAAACGUAUUAAGAACAUAUUUGUAUAUAUUAAUGAAACAAAUGCUUUAGUAUGAAGGGGAAAAAACAAUGUUAUAUUUUUUAUGUUUUUCUUACCACACUAGUUUUGAACAUGUGUUACUAAACGUGUAUAACCACACUCUUCUUUCGGGGAGAGAAUAUAUUUGCACUUAUAUAUGCUUUAAACGUUGCUCAUCUAUGGAGAUGUACAUUUCUGUUUUUA